UUAUGAGCAGAAUACACAAAAAGCUGCAUUUCGAUUAAAAACAACAUACAUCUCGGAUAGUGUUGUGGUGUUCUCAAUGCAUUUUAAUUAUUUGUAAUCUUCACGUAUACCCCUAAGAGUGUUGUGUAUGUUACAACUUUUGCAGUGUUCCAUUUAAAGUUUGUUUUGCAAGGAAUGAACCAAAUGCUGUGAGGAUUCUGUAUUUGUUGUAUCUUUGCUGAAUAGAACUGUUGUUUUCCUUACCGUUCUGUCUAACGACUUCCGAUUCAGGAUGCCGAUCCUAUAUAGCGUGGUCACACGAGGACCGACGGUGCUGGCCAAGUAUGCCGAGUGUGUUGGAAACUUUGCCGAGGUGACGGAGCAGAUCAUACCCAAGAUCAAGCUGGACGAUCACAAACUGACUUAUUCGCAUGGAAACUAUCUGAUUCACUACAUUUGCGAAAAUAGGAUCAUCUACAUGUGCAUUACGGAUGAUGGCUUCGAAAGGUCCCGCGCUUUCAUGUUCCUGGCAGAAAUAAAGAAGAAGUUCAUCCAAACCUACGGUCUAACGGUGGCGACCGCCAUUGCCUAUGCCAUGAACACCGAGUUCUCCCGCACCUUAGCCUUCGAGAUGAAGCACUACAGCGAAUCACGUGACAUCGAUGCCAUCAGCCAGGUACACGGACAGAUCGGAGAACUGAAAGAUAUUAUGGUGAAAAAUAUCGAAAACAUUACAAACCGGGGCGAACGGCUAGAGCUGCUUGUAAAUCAGACCGAGAACUUGAGAAAUAAUUCUGUGGCAUUCCGACAAACAUCCCGCAAUCUGGCACGAGCGAUGUUCUGGCGUAGUGUUCGGAUGUACUGUCUGAUCGCGGCCAUUUUGCUAUUCGUUAUCUACAUUGUCGUUAGCAUGGCAUGCGGUGGAUUACUUUGGCAAAACUGUGUGCGCAGUGGCAAUACCAAGGCACCGGUAUCUCCAACUACUCCGCCAUCGCUGACUGACGGGCUGCUGUAGACUGCUGUUUCUUCUAGUCUCGAAGACGACACUAGACAAUGGUUGACCGAUUUACUGCUUACUUCCGAACGGGAUCGAGGAUACUCCUUUUUGUGCAGGACUAAUGUGAUACUUGCAUGCAACAGAAUCAAAUAAAUCCGUAAAAUGUAAACUUUUUAUAGACUCUUCAACGUUUGAGCAUUGAGAAAGGGUAAAAAAUUGAGACCAUUAGGAUUUUGCGCUCUUCAUGAAUGAAAAUUGUAUUCAGACAUGAGUGCUAAUAUUCGAAUUUGUUUCCACUAUCAUUUAAUCUAUAUAUUAGAAUAUGCGUAAGAAUAAACAAAACGUUAUCUGAAAAA